UUGAGCAUAGCUAUUGGAAUAAUUGAACAUUUUUGCAGGCGGCAUGCUGAUAGUUCAUGUGCUUUAACACGAAACGGUUGUGUAUUUUUGCUUCGUCUUUGCGAUGAUGAGUUUCGCCUUUACAAGCAGUUCUUCACAGCAUCCAUUUUUGCCCCAUUCAUCUCAACAGCAACUUCGUUCGAUGACUUCAUUGAAUCGCUUUGUCGUGUGUUUUAUGACAUACUGCGACCAAUAGUUAUUCAUAAUCCACAUUUGGAGACUCUCGCGGAGCUUUGCACAAUCCUAAAGGUCGAAAUGAUCGAAGAGCGUUGUGGAUUAAUGCAAUCGGUGAUGUCAGUGUCCCGAUUGCCUAGCGAAAUAAGCACUGGCGGCACAUCCUCAGUGGCCGAUGUGGACGAAUAUAUGAUUAAUCCACGAACGGGUUUUGUGCGUGUUAUAAGUGAAUUGGUGGGUGAUGUAGCCGAACGAAUCGUUUAUCGAACUGGAUUGUAUGGGCAGUCCGAUAUUGCUGGAUUCACACCGUCCAGUGGUGAUCUUGCUUAUCCAGAAAAAUUGGAAAUGAUGAAAGCAAUCGAGGAAGAGCAUGCAGAGAAGGUUGAUAAAAGUGAGCAGAGUAAAACGUCUCCGACUUCUGCGAUCGAUCUCCAUUGCCUGUGGUACCCCACUGUUCGACGUACGGUGCUUUGUCUUUCAAAACUGUUCAAAUGUUUGGAGUCACUGGAAGACGCAGCUCGCCAGAUCCGUGAUAAUGUCUCCGAGAAAUAUUCGCGCUCACGACGUUGUCUGGAUGCUGAAUUGUUUAUUGUCAAACAUCUACUGAUAUUACGAGAGCAGACAAGUCCCUACAGAGUUUCACUGCCAGGUGAGCAAGAGGGCACCAUUGCUUCGUCUGAAAUUACAGCGGUGUUUAUGCGAAAAAUUUAGUU